GUCCCCCAAGUUACUGUCGCAUAGCCUAGAGAGGUAGGUACCUACCUACCUAACUUAGGCACCUUAAGUACCUACGUCCUCCUUUAGGUAGUGUAGGUGCAGGUAGAAGGCAGGUACUUAUCGAUACAGUCUCAGGUAUAGUACUUAGACCAUGUUCAAGCCCCAAAUGGGCUAAGCCGUUUGAGGUAGCUGCCGCAGGCCAUACGCCUGACGAUGGACCCAUCAACGCGAUAGAUCAUGCACUCGCCUCCACCUCCCGCCAAACGGCUCAGCAUUGACCGCUCCGAGCCAUCGGACGCAUCCAAGAACCAUCUCCAUGAGUCUCUUGAAUAUAUAGGUAGGACCCGAUCCCACCCUCAAUAUACCUUGUUACCGCCAUCGUCCAUCCCCUAGACUCGGCCCGAGGCAUCCUUGGUUCGAAUCUAAAUACUUCCCAACUGCUCUCUGCUAGUCUCAUAGGCAGUGAAAACCACGCGCCCGCCUGCGCGAUGAGGUUCUCGUCCAGCCUAUCCCUUGGCCUGCUGGCUGCGCCCUCGGUGGCGGAGCUGGCUCCGGAACCGCAGUACAUACUCAACAACCCUCCCGCUUCCGAGUCGGCCCAACGAAUCCCGACCUCGUACGAAUCUGCCGUGCUCGGCCGUCGUAUCUUAGCUCUCAGCCCGCUCGGCACGGUUGCAACCGUCUUCCCCGAUUCCCCUGGCGGACACAAUACCCCGGUCGGCCUCGGCGGCGUACCCCUCGGGCUGCUCGAGUACGUGGCUGACUGCGAAGAGGAAGGCAAUCCCACCUUCCUAGCCAUCAAGAUCGGCACUAGCUUCAGGAACGUAGAGAGUGGUUCCAACAUCAGCCUAGCCCAGCAGUGGACGCCCCCUUACCCACCCGACAAGCGCAUCAAGUCCACCACCUCGUUUUGGGAUUGGUUGUUAGGACGCGACGAGAAGCCCAAAGAGCCCGUGCCGUAUAGCGCGGUCAACCUUCCGCGGUAUAGCUUGCUGGGCUACCUCGAGAAGAUCGACGCCCCGGUCUCCGCGGAUCUCGAGGCGUGCUACGUGGCGACGCACCCCGACGCCAAGUAUUGGCUUCCCGGUAACCCGAUCCACACAUCCGAGUUCGUGAGACUAGUCGUCACCCAAGUCUACUGGAUUGGCGGCUUCGGCGAUAGGGCCUACAUCGGUUGGAUCCCCGUCGAUGAGUGGAAGAGCAUCACUAGGGAGGAGUGGGAGGAUGUCAGACUGCCCGGCGAGAAGAAGGGUUGGGAUGAGUGGAGCGUGUCGGCCGAUCUGUAGGGAGACGGACGGAUCUUCAUUGUUGUGCGACGAAUUUGUGCCUGUAGCUUUAAUUUUGACGACUUAC